AUGUAUAUGAGCACGAAAUCAGAAAAGAAUGGCAGAAAUAAUAUUGCCGAAUUCUACCAAAACUGUACCGACAGUCCAGAAAUUAUAAAAUGCGAGGUAGAAGCAUACAAAGCUUGUAGUCUAGAUGAUACACCAACUGAGUUGCUGAAACUAAUAGAGGAUAAUGACAUAAAAGUAUUAGUAAGUAAGAUUUUUAAUUCAAUAUACAACACCGGAGUGAUUCACACAGAUUGGCUCAAAUCCAUCUUCGUCGCAAUACUUAAAAAACACAAUAUGAGAAAAUGCUCAGAAUAUCGAUUAAUUAGCCUAAUGAGCCACACUCUUAACAUUUUCCUAAGAAUACUUCCCAACAGAAUUAGACGCAAAUGCGAAGAUCUCGAAGAUACCCAAUUUGGUUUUAGAAAUGCUAUGGAAACCAGAGAGGCACUUUUUGCGCUUAACAUCCUAUUACAAAAAUGCCAAGAAAAGUUGAAUUUGCAUGUUUCGUGGACUACGAAAAGGCAAUCGAUAAAGUACAGCAUGUAA